AUGUUCGACCGGAUUCGUCUCAUAAAUGUACCUGCCGUUCUCGUCCACGAAAUCCGCACAGCGAUCAGCAGCUCGUGGGGUCAAAUCCAAGAUGAAAGAUUAUAUUAUAGCACUUAUGAAUUCAAACUAUCGGGUUAUCCAUGGAUAGGUACAUCGGACGAAGCAGUUCGUUCUCGAAAACUUUUAACAGAAUUGUUGGUGUGUAUGGCACAAAAGGGGUGGAAUCUUGUUCAAGCAUCGGACGUCAGUAAAAGAGCAGGAGAUAAAGAUACUCUAUUUUUUGAAUUAAGUAUAGUAAUACCUUCAUAUCGACCCUCUCUUUUCUCAAUUUCCUUCAACAAAACUGAUCGGAUUCGAGUAAUCGACUCACCAUCUCUUGAUUUAAUAGAAACAGUCAAAUCCGGAAUCAAACAAGAAUGGCGCCAAGGUAUCGCCCAUGAAAUAAACUAUUAUGGUUCGGUAGAAUUCAAACUUAAUGGGAAUCCGUUUUGGGCAGAUGGUCAGGAAGCGGUGACUGCAAGAAUUAUGUUAGCUCAGAUAUUGAGUAACUUGAGAAAUAUAGGAUAUAAAUUGUAUGGUAGUGUUGAUAUUAGUCAUGGACAUAAUGAUGGUCACGAUUUAGAGAGUUGGGUUUUUAGAAAGGUGGACGAGAGUUGGCCAUAA